CCUGCCCAGCCGCACUCCCAGGGUCGUUGUCUUUGUCGCGGGGAGGCCUGAGACCACUGUCCCCUCCGUGCGUGGGGCCCUUGCUCCCCCUUGCGUUGGUUCAGAGAACAAGGUCAUCUGGGCUUUUCUUGUCUGACCUUUAACCUGAGCCGUGGGGGUUGGGUCUGUCAGUCGCGGGCACGCGCGAUCGAUGAGGACGUGCGCGACGACCGUUGGUAGGGGCGGUGGUGCGGGAGCGCCGGCUGCUCGGUGAGGACCCGGCUGUGGGUCUCCGCUCGGGGGCUGGCCGCUGGGUGGGGCCGGGCCGGAGCCUGCGACCGAAGGGGCUGCGGGCUGGGAUGAGGGGCCCGGAGCCGAGGGAGGGGGAGUGGUUCCGGCUCUACUGCCGGUUCCUCCCUCCCGGAGAACCGCGGGCCGCACCUGACCCCACGGAGGAAAAAGCGCCGGGAGUGGGGGUUUCCCUGCUUUCCGACCCAUGGUGUGGGUCAAACUUAAGGAAAUUGUGGCAAAUACUCCAUUUGGGGGUGGUUUACAACCUCAUCUGUAACAUUAUUUUCACGUUGCUGUGUGCAUUUCCAGUGUAUUGUAUAAUAAAGACAUGGUCGCUUUUAGGGGAGAUGUCUGAAAAACUGAGAAGAUGCAGAAAGGAGCUGACUGCAGCCAUUGACCGGGCCUUGGAAGGACUCAGUCAUUCCCAGGAGUGCUCAGGCAUGCAGAGGCAGGAGCUGGACGCUGCGCCGCUUUCUUUCCCCUUCCCCAUCCACAGGCUCCUCUGCAGGAGGCACCCGCUGGCAGCCUGCUCCUCUGCGGCUCCUUUCUCUCCUGUCCCGUUUGCUCCUGGGAAUGAGAGCCCUGCCUUUGCACCAAACCACGAACCCGUGAGUGCAAAGACACGUGCUCUAUGCCCCAAAAGAAAACCUCUGACCAGCAAGGAAAACAUGUCGAUGCAUUCCUCGAUUUUGGCACCUGAAAGACAGUUUUGGAGAGCGGCAGGAGAUGGGGAGAACUGGAGAAAAGACAGUCUAAGGAAAGAUAUGGAGAAAGAUUUGAAGGUUGAGUCAAACAUGCCACUCAGCAGUUCUAGCCAAGAGGUCACAAAGGAUUUGCUUGACAUGAUUGACCAUACAGGCAUCCAAACUAUUGAAGAAUUGGCUGGAAAACUAGAAUUUGAAAAUGAGUUGAACCGUGUGUGUGGUUGCUGUGAAGAUUCGCCCUUCAAGGCGGACGCCUGGGCCCUGCUGGUGGAUGAGAGCCCUCAGGAAGCCUCGGAUGCAGACCCUGGCAGCCUCAAGCAGGCUUUCUAUGAUCACAGUAUCGUGGAGACUGUUCUGGACUUGGAAGAGGACUACAAUUUGCUGACCUCUUUUAAAUACCGAAUUGAGUAAGGACAGUUGACUUCAGCUUUGAUUCUUUACAGCAGGAGUCUGAUGUUAGGGCAUCUGUGCAGGGCAGUCACAGUUGUCAUCAGGGGCCACAUUCUUCAGAGGCUUGGCAGAAUCUGAAUUACCCCAAUCUUUUUAACUUCCAGUUGUGUCCCUUCUUGAGCUGAGAGCCCAGUUUGUUUGUUUGUUUAAUUCUGUUGCUCUGAAGUGUUUCUUUUUUUUUCACCUUUUUUUUUUUUAACAUCUUGACUGUUUUAUUGAUUGAUGUUCAAUAUACCCAGAACCCAAGGCAGGUGCAGGUCUUGGGCCUCUGC